GGAAGUAGUCGGUAAACAGACCACGGUAUGAGACGUCAGGGAUAUCACACGGUGGCUCAAGACGGUAAUAAUAUCCACAUGGCUGGUCAUCAAUAAUGGCCGUCCGUGAUAGCCGCCACUCUGUGAUCUGACAGCGCUCUCAAAUGACUGUCUCAGAUGCAUACUCCUGGAGGUAGAUGGCAUGUCAAGUGGCCAUGAUGCUGUUCUGAUUAACUCAUAUUAGAGAUCGGUAGACUGAGUACAGCCACUUGUCAGGUUUAGUAGACAUGCUUCACUGACCGAAAUAGGACAGGCUAACUUUGCCGUGAAGAUGAACAAUGGCUGGCCGUCGUUUUUACCGAGCACUGCGAGCCUGGAGAGACAGAUGGAGGAUGCCAUCAUCAACAACGAUGUUGACACUAUCCAGGAACUCAUUGACAAUGGCUUCCACAUCAACCGGAGGCUGCACAUCCAUGGUGGCAACACAUCGCUGCACCUAGCAACCAAACAAGGCCACCUCCACAUCAUCGAAGUCCUUCUAUAUCACGGGGCCGACCCCUUAGCCAAGAAUGACUUGAACAUGACGCCGGUGAGCAUCGCAGCCAAACAGACCCAGCCGGCGUGUCUGGAGAUGUUGAUAAGCCACAGCGAGCACCUGCUGGACAUUGGAACCCUGUGGCUGCAGUUCGACGGCUCCAUCAGUCUGUGGAAGGACUCGAAUGACGAGGUGUUCGGGACACUGAUCCGCUGUACCCCGAACCUCGCAGCGAUGAGAAGCAACGUACAGAGCAACAUGUUGUAUUUGCUUCGGAACGGUCGGAUGUACGGGAGUCUGCGACUGUUCAUCGUCGUGGGCAACAGGCUGACUGAGGAGCAGCAGGGUAAACUGGAUCCCGUGAAGGACAAGCCGUUUCUCGACUGGUUGAAGAACUACAGGCGUACCGUCCAGCCGCUCAAACACUACUCCCGUCUGGCAGUGCGGCACGCCUUCCAUGGGCGAUACAAUGUGUUUUAUGGAGCACGUCGACUCCCCGUUCCCAGGAGGAUUCAGGAUUUCAUAUGUGUGAGAGACAUUGGGAAUGAGGAACCUACGUGUAUGCAAGACAGCACAUCAAGUUUGUGAUAGGAAAACAGAAAGGGGUUAUGUCUGAAUGUUACCUCCACGGUCGCUACAAUGUGUUUUAUGGAGCUCAUCAUCGACUCCUGGUUCACAAAAGUUUACAGGAUUUUAUAUGUAUGAGAUAUGUCGGGGAUAAUGAACUUAUGCAAGACAGCAUAUCAAAUAUCAAAUUUGUGAUAAGAAAACAGAAAGAGGUUAUGUCUGAAUGUUACAUACACAGUCAGUCACUACAAUGUGUUUUAUGGAGCCCAUCGUCGCCUAUCUUCCAAAGCCAAGGUAUUAUUCCCUACAGUAUACUGCAUAACGGUACCUUAGCUCGCAAAGAUGAUUGUCUCCAAGUAUCCAAGAGUAUUUUGGAUUUUAUACAUAUGAGAGAUGUUGGGGAUGAAGAACAAGGAACAUGUAUGAGCAGCAUAUCAAAUUUGUGAUAGGAAAACAGAAAUGGGUUAUGUCUGGAUGUUACUGUUUUGUCAGACCUCUAAAUAGUGUGCAAAGAAUCUUUCUUUUGUUUUUCUCUUUUGUUUUUUAUUCACAGAUCACCUGUUUACAAGCAAACAAUCAUUUUGUAGACCUAUUGCUCGAACAUCUCUAGUCCAUAUUUUAAAUUUAGGACAUCAUUGACACAGUGACAAUAUGUUAUAGGUUCUAUGUAAAAUGAAAUGGAUUGCCUGAACUGUGUGGGUUAUAACCCAAAAUGGUUUAUGCACAUUUUAAAAUUUUUUAAGAGGCCUGUUUGUGAUAGAUUUUUGUGAUAAUGAUGUGUUUUCUCAUGAAUGAUAAUUAAACACAUAUCUAAUAUGA